AUGAGUCGUUUGUUGCGAGUAUGUGUUGACUUAGGUCUCUUAUCUCUGUCUCUCUGUCCUUCACCUCUUCAUCCCUUCACCCCUUCAUCCCUUCACCCCGUCACCCCUUCAUCCAUGCAGCAUGCAGCUGCCUCGUCAGACUCCAUUGCCCACCCAUCCAACCUGCCUGCACAUACAACCCCUGCUAGUCGCCCUCAAAACCCUAACUCUACUUCCUCUCAACCUCCUACCGGAAGUGCUGCCCCUGCUGCUGCGCCUGCUGCCACCUCUGCCACUGCCCCCUCUGGUGCUGCUACAGCGGCGGGUACAUUGCCUGCUGCUGGAUAUGCAAGCACCCCCAAUUCUGCUGCUGCUGCUGGCUCCAAUGCUACGAGCUCUACAGGCACAACUGGUGGGCCCAGUGAACUGGGUAUUCCCCCGGUCCUCUCUGCCCCUCUCUCGGCCUCUCUCUCCGCGUCGCUCCUGGACCCGUUUCUGUCGCUGGAUGCAGCAGCAGCGGCGCAGGCAAAGCCGGUGCCAAAUUCGGGGCUGUAUGCGUGGAGCUGUGGGCACUUGUCGCGGCCGCUGCUGGAAGCGGUGUGUGACGCCGAGGCCGAGACGAGGCGAGCUGCGCGAGAGAAGCGAGCGGUUGAGGGUGUGGCGGAGUGCCGGCGAGCAACAGUGAGCAAGGUGAGCGAUCAGAUCGCCAGCUUCGAUACCGAGUCAGACAUGAUGACAGAGGCCGUGCUCCUGCACCCCUUCCUGCCACUCGUGUGCAUUGCAGACGAGAACGAGGUUGUGAGAAUCUGGAACUACGAGGAGGGACUGACCGUGAGCACAUUUGACAACCAGACGGGAGGCGGAGGUGGGGCGGACGGGCACAAGGGAGUGAGCCAGCUGUGCCUGCUCAACGAGCUAGACGAUACUCUAUUGCUCGUGGCCUCCAGGGACGGGAGUUACGCGUCGGGCGAAAUCUCCUCCAUCCUCGUGUGGGACCUAGACAGGGAGCUGCUAGCACACAGUGUGCCCACUGAGUGUGACUCUGCCGUGACAGCCCUGGGAUCAUCUGUUGUCCAGCCAAGCUACGUGGCAGCGGGGUGUGACGACGGCUCUGUGCGGCUAUUUGACAUUCGCUCGCAGCCCCGGGCGCAGCUCGUGUGCGGCACGCACCAUCACUCGCAUCGGGUCGCGGGAAUUGCCUUCCACCCCGCCAGCACUUCCGCACCUCAAAUUAUCUCUGCUUCAAGUUCUGGCGAGAUUGUAUUUUUAGAUGCCCGAAAUCCGGGGCAGCCAAUUAGAAGAGUGGAGGCGCAUAAGGGGCACCUUACAGCGCUCUCGGUUCAUCGGCAUCUGCCCGUCAUGGCCACGGGCAGCUCGAAACAAUUAAUCAGAGUCUUCAACAUGUCUGGGGACCUCUUGAGUGUCGUGCGCUACCACAACAGCUUCUUGGGUCAGCGCAUCGGCCCCGUCAGUGCGCUGCACUUCCACCCGUACAGGCCGCUGCUUGCCGCCGGUGCCACCGACUCCAUUGUUUCCAUCUAUGCGGGGGAGACGCACCGCAGCUAG